AUGAGUGGCAUCCCCGGCUACAAUGGCGAGAAUGGUUUCUACAUCAUGCCAAACGGCGCCCAAGCCGGCUUGCCGAUAAACAUGACGAACCAAAUGGUCCUCACAAACUCGACUCUGAGCGUCAUCAACGAGUUCAAGCUUCUCGCCGCCAAGUCUAUGCGACAAUCGACCAUCAUCUUGUCGGCAUUCAAUGGCGCAGCGGGCCUUAUCGUCAUCAUCGGCAUCCUUGUACACUGCUACAUGGCGGCGGCCAGGAGGAGAGAAGUGAUGGCUCCCAAGAUUGCUGUGCUGCACUGCAUUCGAGGGCCAGAGCUCUACCCAUUCGUCCUCUCCAUCAGCAUCAUAUGCCAAGCAGUCAUGCUCGCAGUCGUUCAGGCGCAGGGGCUCAACGGCGUCUACCUGGCGCAGAAGUGCCCCGAACUGUCUGGUGUGGUAUGGUUGGCUUGGUUCAUCGUCCCGUACACCCAGAUGGUGCUGGGCCUCGAAGCGGCCGGCCGUGCUGUAAGAAGUUCCAACUUCAGGCCAAAGGGAAAGUUCGCUGCCUUGAAGUGCAUCGUCUUGAUCCUCGUCCUUGUUGUCGGCACAGGCAGUGUAUCAGUCAUCCUCCCAGCUCAGCCAAUCUGCUUUGCUUCCAUGCCCUGGUUUAUUGCGAGGUGGGCAGUGGGAGCGUUUGUGAUCCUCACAACUGUUACCGUCGUUCUAGCCAUCUCGGCUGUGACCCUCUUUCGUCAACUUUCGAGACAUCUCCUUAUUGAAAACGACCAACGCAUCGAAGGAUCGCGCAUGGUGUACUUCCUCGCUCUUGGAGCUGUUUCCAAUGCUUUUAUGAUUCCAUUCUUUUUCAACCUGACCUUUGGCUCAGCGGCUCAGACGGAACCUGGCAACACCCUCGCCAUGGUCGUCAUGGUUGUUGUCAAUCUCUCGGGCGUGCUCAAUGGAGCCCUUUACCUCUUCCUCCGACGCGGCAGUCUUGCGACUAUCAGCCCCCGAGGCCACCGAUUUGUGGAUGUCGAUGACCAGAUCUACAAAAUUCAAGCGCGAUCACCCCAGCAAGUCGAUUUCAACGACCACCUGAAGCAGCCUGUACCCGGCUUCGCCAACAUGAGGUGGAUGGAGAGCUCGGAUAGCUUGAACAGUAUCAAGAAGGCCCCACUUCCCACCUCUGACAACCCGCCCGCGACAUACAUCGUAGCACCAGUACACAAUGCUCAGCCCGCGGCUGUGGCUGCCCAGACCACGGCUCCAGUAUCCUACGUUGUCCCCCCGAAAGAGCCGGAGCUAGUCCAGCAACAGCAGUCGGUUGCAUAUCCCACCUAUCCUUCGAACAGGAUCGAGAGCACACAGUCGUUCGGCCUGCUCCCUUCCACGACCUAUGACCCGAACCAGGAACAGGCGGUGGUGUCUCCCGUGACACCAGGCUUCGACUUCCUGCGACCGCCGCCAAGUGUUAUCGGCCAUCGCCGUGCGUCAUCAUUAGCUUCGUCGGCGACCGUGAGGAUAGGCCUCCGCAUAUCCAACGUGGACGACAUGCGAGCCAUCGCCGACCGCCAGACAAGGGACUCGGCAGUAGCGGAGCAAUUUGCUAUGCCUGCCAUGCCAACAAACAGUGCUAUGCGCCCUAGCCCAUUGGCAUCUUCGCGAGAUGCGAACCGAAGCUCCGCCGCCACCAACACCGACAAGGUGCUGCCUCCUGUUCCCGUGGUAGUGAGCCCUACACGCAAGCCUGCCAGUCCGACAAAGACAGUCAGCCCUCGUGGAGUUGGUUUCAACCUGCCACGGCGAGGACCUUCUCCUGUCGAGGAGACAGCUGUGCCGGCACCCUUGCGUGUUCGGGGCGGCUCAGAAAGCCGAUCGCUGACCAGUGCCUGGAUCUGA